UGGCACGUCCUGCUCCACCAUAAAAAUACCAGUGUUCUUUCAGAUUGGCCCAGACCGGGCAGCUGUGGUGCCCUAACCUCUCCCCCUCCCAGGCUGCCCCUGUACCUGGCCUCGCUGCUCAUCAGCCUGGUGUUCCUGCUGGUGAACCUCACCUGCGCGGUGCUGGUGAAGACGGGGACCUGGGAGAGGAAGGCCAUCGUCUCCGUGCGCGUGGCCAUCAACGACACCCUCUUCGUGCUGUGCGCCGUCUCCCUCUCCGUCUGCCUCUACAAGAUCUCUAAGAUGUCCUUGGCCAACAUCUACUUGGAGUCCAAGGGCUCCUCCGUGUGCCAGGUGACCGCCGUCGGCGUGACCGUCGUCCUGCUGUACGCCUCCCGCGCCUGCUACAACCUGUUCAUCUUAUCCUUUUCUCAGAGCAAGAACGUGCAUUCCUUCGAUUACGACUGGUACAACGUGUCCGACCAGGCGGAUCUGAAGAACCAGCUGGGAGACGGGGGGUACGUGGUGUUCGGGGUGGUCCUCUUCGUGUGGGAGCUCUUGCCCACCUCCCUGGUCGUUUACUUCUUCCGCGUCCGAAACCCUGCCAAGGACCUGACCAGUCCGGGCUUGGUCCCCAGCCACGGGUUCAGCCCCAGGUCCUACUUCUUCGACAACCCUCGCAGAUACGACAGCGACGACGACCUCGCCUGGAACGUCGCCCCUCAGGGACUUCACGGAAGUUUCGCUCCCGACUACUAUGACUGGGGACAGCAGACAAACAGCUUCCUGGCACCAGCGGGGACUUUACCUCCGGACCUGGUAGUGGACCCUGGCAAGCCACGCCGUGGGUAGCACCAGCUAACAGCUCUAUGGACCAUUCCUCGGUUGAGAAGCUUGAGAAAAACGGACGCCACGAAAGCCGAAUCUUUAGGGCACUUUUCCUCACGAAAUAGGACUUGAUUUUUUACAGGUUUCUCCUGGCUCCCUAGGGCUAAGCAAUAAUGUAGAUCAACACAACCUGAUUUUUAGUACUAAGAAGGGAGCCCUGGCCGCCUGUUUCCAGGGGUAUAAUUUAAACUUUAAAAAUUCUGUACUUUUAUAAAAAUGUAUUUUAUAUAACUUAAAUAAUAAUGCUAAACUAUACUAGGGGGUUUGGAGAAGGUUACUGUAAUACAGGUUCUAGUUUGCACAGACAUUGAUGCAUAAUUCACUUUAAAAAGUAUAGACGCCCCAGCCGGUUUGGCUCAAGGGAUAGACCGUCGGCCUGCGGACCAAAGGGUCCCGGGUUCGAUUCCGCUCAAGGGCACGUACCUCGGUUGCAGGCUCCUCCCUGGCCCGGGGGCCUGGUCCAGGCUCGUGCAGGAGGCAACCAAUCGAUGUGUUUCUUUCACAUCUAUGUUUCUAUCUUUCCCUCUCUCUUCCACUCUCUCUAAAAAUCAAUGGGGGGAAAAAUAAGAAAAGUAUACCGUGUAUGGUCUGAGGGUUCUUUAAGGCUUUUAGAUGAACGGGUUUCUCAGAUCCCUACCUUUCCAGGUCCCUUGGAUUCUGAGCUCCGCGCUGGGCGACCCUCCUGACAGCGCCCGGGGUGAAAGGUAGAAGGUAGCAGAGUAUCAACUGACCACCUAGAGGUCACGGGCUCCUUAGAGGUCGUUAAGGCCCAGGGAGUGGAUUCCAAGAAUCUCAGUAUUGCCCCGGGUUUGGAAUUCCGUCUCAGGAGGGCACUGUCUGCACCCAAAGGAUCAUGGGAAGAAGGUGGACAGAGUUGACUCCUCUGCUGGGGUCGGAGAUGUGGCCUUGUUUUUCAGCCCAAUGACGUGUGAUAUCCACUUAUCACCUCGGACGGCAGCGAGAAGGCACCUUUCCCAGCCCACUGACCGCCCAUGACAUUGAAGGAGCAAGGAGAGGGUCCCAGAGGGGGUCAGUGAUAAACACCCCGGCCCUGGGGGCCACAAGACUGGAACCCCAACAGGGUUCCUUCCAUUUCCAACCGUAUUUAAAAGUGCCCUUUAUUUUAUGUUAAAUAUAUUUGUAUUGGUUUCAGAGAGGACGGGAGACGGAGAGAGAGAAACAUCGAUGAUGAGAGAGAAUCACCAAUCAGCUGCCUCCUGCAACGCCCCCCAGUGGGGAUGGAGCCCUCAACCCCGGGCAUGUGCCCUGACCGGAAAUCAAACCCGCAACCUCCUGGUUCAUAGGUUGAUGCUCAACCGCUGAGCCACGCCGGCCGGGCAGCGCCCUUUAAGUUGCUCUGAAAGGGCCUCUGGAAGGAGAAGCUGCCGGUAGGAGAAGCCCUCGACACUGCCUCUCAUGACGCCUCUCGGUCACGCAAGGGACACGCUGCAGACAACUGCUUCUAUGUCGUCUCUCGUGUAAGUGAAACACGGUGUGAAAUACUGGUUCUCCAACCACAAGUGCCAUUCCAGCACUCCAAGAUAGAUUUAUAUAUGUAACAUGUAAUAUAUAUGAUAAUUGUAUAUCCUGCAGCUGUAAAACAGCCCCCUUCCGGGAAAUGGCCCCAUUCAUGCAUUCACUGGGUGAUUCCUGGGAUCGAACCCGCAACCCUGGCGCACUGAGACGAUGCUCCAAACGAGCUACUGGCCUGGGCAAUGGGAGAUGUGUUUUUUAAAAACACAGUGAGAUUUAACCCCAAAUAAGUAAACCACCCAUGUCUGACCACCAAAAAACUAAAUAAAAACACAAUGAUAAAAAUA